UAAUUUUAUAACGGAAGAUAUUUUUAAAUUUCGAAAGAAAAAAAAUCAAUUACAAAUUGUUUUCCCUCCUAUGGUAACGACGAUCCCAAUCAAAUCGAAAAAAUCUGAAAUCCCUAGGAUCAUCAUCUCUCUCUCCCUCUCGCUAGGAUUUGUAAUUCACUAAUCAGAAUGAAGCUGAGCCAGACACUGAAGAAGCCUUGUUCAUCAGCUAAGCUGAUUCUGCAAGAGAUAAUCGGUUUAACCACGAAGAACGCCAACGGUUUAGCCUCGGCGUCCUGCAGCUCGAAGUGUGUCUACUUGGCGGGAUGCGUUGUGGUUGUCUACGACGUCGACGCGUGCACUCAAUCGCACCUCGUCGUAUCUCACCGUGUGCCUAAGACUCUGAGCUGUGUGGCGGUUUCGCACAACGGCCGGUUCGUAGCUGCUGGAGAGUCUUCGAAUCUCUCUUCGGUAUUGAUAUGGGACUGUGAGAGUUUGGGGCUUGUGGCUGAGCUGAAAGGUCAUCUUUAUGGAGCUCAGUGUCUCUCCUUUUCACCAAAUGGGGAAUAUUUGGUGAGUGUUGGAGGAUAUGUAUAUCUUUGGGACUGGCGUAAAAGUGUCUUGCUGGCGAAGGUCAAAGCGAGUUCUACUUCUUGCUCUGAUAUUACCUCUGUGGCAUUCUCAUCCAAUGGGAAGUUUGUUGUUACUUCCGGGAACAAGCAUUUGAAGUACUGGAGAGUUGGUUCUUUCCAGAGGAAACGUUCUAACAAAGUAGGAUCUUUGGCACUUCAUGGGAAGCCGAGUGAUAGUGGGUUUCAGAAAGAGAACUCGUUUGUGUCAGUGGUAUCAGCUAAUAGAGUGAAAUCUUGUGGAAGUGACGAACGAGGUGAAGAAGUUAUGUCAAUAUACGCUCUUACAGAUGCAGGUGUUCUGAUGCUCAUGAGUUGUGAUAUGUUGAUCAAGAAAUCAGUGAAUCUGAAGGUUGAAAAAUGUUUUGCUCUAUCUGCAUCCAGUAAAUUGAUAGCAUGCGCUUGCAGCGAGGGAGCGAUCCAGCUAUUUACUCCUGAAACUUUAGAAUAUGCUGCCACAAUACACUUUUCAGAUGCUAGAAAGAGCGACACUGGAAAUCAUUCUCAUUCAGAAGAACUAAAAAAUACAGAAUCUCAGCCUGUUAGCUAUCCGGACGCAGUUGCUUGCCAGUUUUCGACCACAGAUAAGCUCGUUGUUAUCUAUGGGGAUCAUAGUCUCUAUGUUUGGGAUGUGAAUGACGUGAACAAGUUCGUUACCUGUUAAAGCUUUAAACACAACCGCCGCAUAUGGUGAAUUUUUUUUCCUUAUUCUAGCCUCUCUUGUGGAAAUCUGCACAGUCCAACAUCUGCAUGUGUAGCUAGAGGAUGCUCUGAAGGGGUUUCCUUCACUACAUGUUCUGAAGAUGUAACCAUAAGGUUGUGGGAUCUUGAUCUUCAAAUGGACCCGUUAGAAGCCAAUGCAGGCAGCAAGGCCUCGGAAUCUGAAUCACAAGGGACUAUGCAUUUAGCUAGUGCUGGAAUUUUUGAACGAGAGCUUGUUGAGACAUGUGGUACUACGUAUGGUUUCCGAGCACUAGCAGUAAGUGAAGAUGGAAAGUACUUAGCAGCUGGUGACUGUGGAGGGAACCUUCAUAUAUAUGAUUUGCAAGAAUCAGAAUAUACAUGUUUUACGGAUGCUCAUGAAUCAGAAAUUCAGUCACUGAGCUUUAGCUUUCCUGGACUGAAAGAUGUUAAUUGUGAAAAUGCCUCAAGCAGCGAGUUCUUGCUUGCUUCUGGUGGAAAGGGCGGAGCGAUCCACGUUUAUGAUGUCAAAAGGAACUUUGAUCCCGUUGGGAGUGUUAGUGUUUCAGCCGCUGUGAAAUCUGUUAAAUUCGCAUGUAACGGCCGGAAAAUUUUAACUUCUGGUGCAGAUAGGUUGCAUUUGUUUGACGUUGUCAGAAAAGAAAGUAAUGUGCAUAUUUCACCUUCUAAAUCUCAAACUCCCUCUCAUGGAACCAUCCAUGAUAUGGCUGUAGAUCCAACAUCAGGACUUGUUGUCACAGUGGGACAGGAUAAGAAGAUAAACAUAUUCGAUAUAGAAAGCGGAAAAAUUGUCAGAUCAUUCAAGCAAAACAGAGACCAUGGAGAUCCCAUAAAGGUCAUUUUGGACCCUAGCUGCAGCUACUUGGCAUGCUCCUACUCUGACAGGACAAUCUGCCUUUUGGACUUUGUCACAGGAGAGUUGGUUGCUCAGGCCACAGGACAUGGUGAAGCCGUGACUGGUGUUAUUUUCCUUCCUGAUUGCAAACAUAUCAUUUCAGUAGCAGGUGACGGCUGUAUUUUUGUUUGGAAACUGCCCUUGCAAAUGGUUACUCGUAUGACACGGGCAGUAAAUGAAAAUGGCAGCUUAGAUCCUGUAACUAUGGCCCAGCCGGUAAAGUUUAUGCAGAUUGUGGGUUAUGUGGAGGAAGACGAUCAAAAUGCAGAUCAAAUUCAGCAACUCUCUCCAUGGACAUCUUCAUUUAAGUUCAGUGUCUCUAGACUUCCUAAGUGGGCUCAAACUAAAGUUGAAACAUAUGGUAUUGCUACCGCUUGUAAGGAUUCUGUUUCAAACCAGAAACAUGAAGAUAAAGCUCUAGUGAAUGUUGUUAACAUUGCUGAAGACUGCUCUUCUACGAAUCUUGAAUGCCAAACUCCCAAGCAAGGUUCAAGAACCGGAAAGUUAUGCCUUGGAAGCUUGUCCAAAAGCUCUAGCGACAGUGAAACUUCAGUGCCUCAAGGAGAUGCUCCUAGCCAUAGGAAGGAAACGCGCUGGAACACUAUCUACAACGUGUGUUUGGAUCUUUUAAAUUCUCCGAACAUCCAAACAUCUUCCAUUAAACAACAGAAACCAGAAAAAUUCUGCACCAAAGGCUCUGCCGAGCAGGGGGACAUGCUCAAACAGUUCGACAACAGUUUGUCAAUGAUAGAAGAGGUGGAGGCCGAGAAAACAUCGCAGCAAAGAAGAUAUUCUACUCAAUUUGUUCUUAGAAAGGACUACAUUGGUGGAACCAGACAAUUUCUGCGUACACCCUCCCAGAAAUCAGGGUACAAGAUUUUGAGAUCGAUCCGAGAACAUCUUCCUCUUGAUACGGUGAAUGAUCAGUCUUCACAGAGCUCAGAAGACCAUCCUGAACAGGACAAGGCCUCUUCAGAAGUAUUCCAUGAAACGGUUGCUGAUGAUUCACUUCAAGAAAGAAUAACUUCUUGCCGUCAGGCAUUGAACAGCCUGAAAGCUGCUGCGUCAGUUUUGGUCCAGUCAAUGUCGGAAUUAUCUACAGCUUCUCCCAGAGAUCGAAUCUCAGGUGAACUCAGAGACCAGUUGUUUGAUGAAGCAGCUUUGAUGAUGCCAGAAAUGUCUCAGAAAGUUAAUGAAAUUGUUGCCAAGAUGAUGCUUGAGCACAAAAAUACAAAACAAAGUGAUGGAUAAAAUGUCUCCUAUUAGUUCAAUAUCAUUAGUGGAAACAUUGUAUACUUUAGCACUGUACAGUUAUGCAUCUUACAAAUUGAAUAAUAA